AUGAGUGCCUUGACAUCCUUUCGCAAUGUUGUUUCGACCGGAAACACCACUUUAUCCUCUGAAUAUAUUGAAUCUAAUUCUUCUCCAUGGGUGAAUGUGUUUGGUAGACGUGGCUCAUUUUAUGUAGCACCUUUGGAUGUAAAACCGAAUGGCACAGUGGAGCUUGUUAGUUCUAUAUCUUCAAGAGAAGGAUUGGCAUGGACAAUUCAUUUUCUAAUUUUCAUAUCUAUAAUUACCUGGACCGUAUAUUCAUUGUUAGCUAUUGGUUACCAUCUCGACAAAUGGAGAGAACAGUCUCAACAUGCUUGGAUGGAAAAUGCCAUGCCAAGUCUAAAAUUUUCAGAGGUUAUGCAUGAUGUUUCUGCAUCGAGUACUUGUCAUAUAUGUCUUGAAGAAUAUAAUGGUGCAGACACGCUUAGAGUUCUGCCAUGCCACCACUGGUUUCAUGUUUAUUGUGUUGAUCCAUGGCUGGCAUCAUUUCAAACAACCUGUCCUGUUUGCAGAGUUGACGUCUCACAAGUCAGAGUGACUAUUGAGCAAAUCAGAAGGAUUGAGAAUACUACAGUCGAUCUUCGGAGACAUGCUAAUCGUUUGGUGUAUCGCUAUUUUCUCUUCCAAGCAGGGAUCUUCUUUCUGGCAAUAUGGGACCUCCCAUCAGAGCAUAUCAGUUGGCUUCCACUCAUUCUCUCCCUCAUUGCAAGCUUUCGACUUGCUUAUGCUUUCCCUUUAAUUGCACUAGAUUUAAAAAGUAGGUGUGACGAGAUCGAUACAGUCAUGGCUAUCAAUGAUAGAGUUGCACGGUAUUUCAGGAUAUGGCGCUUUUGUUUGGUGACAUGUUUUAUCAGUCUAGCCAUUGGUUUUGCUGUUAUCUUGCCUAUUGCAUUGGUCACUAAAAGCUUCCCUGAUGUCUAUUUUAAAAUUUGUUUUGUAGUGGCUGUACAAUGCAUUUUUGAACUUUCUGUCUAG